AUGGUUCGCAUGCCUUUGGCUGCUAUCGCGGCAGCAUCGCUGGCGUCGCUCGGAAUGUGCGCGUCGAUGCCGUUUUCGAUCUACUUCCCUCCUACCCAGUGGCAGCAGGGUCAAGCGGGUACGAACUCGUGUGGUCAGUAUGGCCCGUCAAGCCCGACGUCCCUGUGCCAGAACAUUUUUAUCAACUCGGCGUCUGACUUUUGUUUAUGGGCUCCACAGACUGUGGGUCAUGUAGGUCCUAUGGAGACAAGCGUAGUUUCGUACUGCACCAAGUCGGGUUAUGGCACCCGUCUUGUGCCUGACGGCACGAUCAAGAGCGCGUACUUCCUGCAGUCGGACUCGUUCGUCCAGAUUACGGGCCACGGUGACUUUACGCGGAUCAACGUCCAGAAAGGCGACGAUGGUGGUGAGCUCGACCCGCACGGCGCGACUGGUCUGGGUAACCCGAUUGGUGGCCUGGUCUGGAGCCGCAGCGUUCGCGGCCGCGAAGGCGAGUGGGUUCAGCUGCCGGAGUGGAACAUGUUCCUCAGCGACUCGGAAUUCAGCAUGCGCGCGUGCUGGGGCCCGAACGCCACGUCGUACUGCCCGCACGUCUACGACGUAAUGGGAUCGUACUUUAACGAGCCUGGUAAGUACGAUGAUGGCGUGUUCGAGGACUGCUUGUCGGACGAUGGUCAGUUCCCUGGUGUGUAUGGUACGUCGACCUUUAUGCAGGGUCAAUCGCACACACCGAAACCUCAUGCACCUGGUAAGACGUCGCAGUGCCACACCUAUGCUACGGUGCGUCAGGGUCAAGCGCCGAACCCGCUCUUCCACUCGGGUUUCUUCUUCCGUCGUCAGCACCCCCAGGUCCAUGCCUAA